AUGACAAGCUCCUUCGUGAAGCCCAUGGUACGUCGGAGGGACAAUGGAUUGCAGCUGAGCUAUACUCUACCUCAUCGCGUGUUCGCUGCGAAGCCUUACCCCGUGCUUGCCCCAAAUGGAUCGACAAUAAUCGUUUAUGGCUACGACAACGGCAUUCGCAUCGUGUGGAGAGGGGGUCGACCGUUUCUUCCGUCGCCUAUACCAAAGGAGUCGCAGAACGAAUCUCCUGUGGCGAAGCCCAGCAAGGUUCAAGAUAAUGAUGAUUCUAUUAUGAUCAUUGAUUCAGAUGACGAUGAACCGGCCCCGGCGCCUUCGCAUACCCAACAAGCUGUCGAAUUCGAGGUCUUCGAGAACCAAGAAACUGAAAUCGACCCGUCAUAUCCAUAUGAACCGGUAAUCCGCUAUGUGGACAUUCAUCUUGGUUCAAAGGCACUUGAUCUAGCUGUGCCAUCUUUACUCCCUGAAAAGGCUCGCUCAUUGGGUUAUAACGUGCCACCAGUUUUGACAGAAUCAAUCGUCGUCACAGCAGUUUGCGCCGACUCCAAGCUGAGAGUUGUAACUUUACCGCUUUCUCCUCCGCAUCCGAGCUCGAAAAACUCCGACCUGAAUAUUCAGACAACUACUCUUGAUGCUACAGUCUCUCAUAAUGAAAUACCCAGGGGCGUCUCACUUACAUUCACGCGCGAAAACGACAACGAGGGGAACGCCAUUCGUACACGCCAGCGACAGCACCGCAUCGAUGCUGAAACAGGCAACUGGGAGCUACUUGUCGCUACUCAUGCUGCGGAGGCUUCUGGUACAUUGCUUCUAUAUCGUAUUCCUAUUGGGCAAGAUAAUACAAUUGCUGCAAAAGAUGCGCGACUUGUUCAAACCCACUAUUUACCUGCCCCUGCAAAAACGAUUUCUUUUAAUCCUUUCUCAUAUCCCUCUACGCGCCAUUCCAAUCUACUGGUUUCAUUUCCUGAUGGUUAUGUGAAGAUUCUGGGUUGCUUGCAAUAUUCCGACGAGGGUCGACGUAUCAGUGACGAUGACGCGCCAGAGCCAGAUGGAAAAUGGCUUAUCACCUUGUAUGCUGGAUUUGAACAGUCUCCAAAAGAUCUUGGCCGGAGGAAGACAAUUGUGGAUGUUUCAUGGGUCCUCUCUGGAAGGGCCAUCAUGGUGCUGCUGGCUGAUGGUGAAUGGGGAGUCUGGGAUGUCGAAGGAGCAGGUCCGGGCUCAGAACCAGGGCCUCUUGUCGGACAAUCUAGCGUGCGCGGCGUAUCUGGCGGCUCUUUGACGGCAUUCUCAGUUAGCGGCCGCAUUGUCGGCGGCCCUCAGUCAAAUAAAUCCCAGGGCGCCAGCAACGCGGUUCCAGAGCAGCGAACCAAAUUUGCUCCUAUGACACCUUCAACGAGACGUGUCCGCGAAGAUAUCUUGUUUAGGGGGGCCCAGACUCCGACCGCUCCGUCCCUACAUGGCGAGAUAUCCGUUGUCCAGACCAACUCAUCACGAGCGGCACUUCCAGAGGAAUCGAUCCUGAUACGCCAUGGAGACCAAAUUGCAACAAUACCUAGCCUUCUAUCCCUAUGGAGGAGCACCGUCAAACUAUCUGGAACAAUUGAGGCAUCGAAUCGCUCAAGAGUGUCGACAUUGGGGGCUGUCAGUCUGCUCGGCGAGAGGUUAACAGGAGUCGCCCACCUUCCAGCUGCAACAAGGGCCGAACGAAAUGCUGAUAAGCAAGAAUAUGACAUUCUCAUUACAGCUGAGCAUCGCUUGAUUAUCCUCGCUCCAAAUCUUUCUGAGCAAGAAACCUCUGUGGGAAGUUAUUGA